GUAAGGAAGGGGGAGGAGAGCGAAGGAUAUUGAGAGAGGAGGAGAAGAGGGAGGGUGAAAUAGAGAGUGGGAGGGAAUCCAGGAAUAGCAGGUAGGCAGAUGUGCAGAGUAAAGAGCUGGUGUUGCCAUCCAAAGCCCUGAUACACUGAUGGAACAAGCAGAAAGGCUCUCACAGUAUCACCACGUAGAGCUUCAGUAUGAAAAGCUGAAGAAUGUGGAGACAAUGCAGUGACCGUAAUCCAGAAGGAUCAACCUCAGCAGAUGUGCAAGAGGAGCAGAGGGAUGUUGUGAAAACAAAGCAUUUGAAUCUAGCCGCUGUCACUGUGAAAUCGCACCUCAGGAAAUAUGUAUGCCUUCUAUUCUCUUCUGGUGUACAUCUUCUACACAGUCUUUAAAAAAGAGGAGGAGGCAGCACUCAAGGGGGCGUGCGGAGAAUCCCCAGAGGAGCCUGGCCAUGUUUCCAUGGAAACAGAGAGCAAGGGGAAGGGUAGCCACACCCCCAGGUUGGGAAAAAGGGGGUGUGCAAGACUGAGUGAAUCAAGUAGCAGCAGUGAUAGUGAUGAGAUGUCUCGCAGUGAUGAAGAUGAUGAUUUUGAUGAAGGUCAUGGGAUGUCAGCAAAAACACCAUUAGCAGCUUUUCUGUCUUUCAAGCAAGAAGCAGAAAAGAGAAGUGUUCAAACAGAACCGAGUGAAAAGGUGACAGAGUCUCCACUGCUGUCUGUGAUGUCACACCUGCUGAGCUUCCUGGAACAAUAUUCCCACCUGCAACAGCUGCAGCAACAGGCUGAUCAGUACCGUCUGCAGUUGCGCAGACAUCGUGCCCAGCACCGCCGGAAAAUGAAGGCCCUUCGUGCAUCCUACCGACAGCGCCUCAGAGGCAAGAACAGUGUUAUUAAUAAUCUGGAGGAAGUGAUCGUACAGCAGCAGAGCCCAACACCUACAAAUGAAGGUGAGUGCAUGCUUCCCUCAGGCUCUCCUGCAGGGCUGCAUAAGUUGGUGCAGUCUCUAUGCGGGCUACAGGGAGAGAGAAGUCAGCUGAGAGGAGAGCUGAGAUUGCUUCAUUCCCAGCUCGAGCAGAGAGAACGUGACCGUUACACUAAAGUACAGUCUUUUCAGCAGCAGAUUGAUGAGCUGAAGGGCUGUAUUGAGGAAAGAGAAGCGCAGCUGUCCAAACUCAGAACUGCAUCAGGAGUUACAGACUCAGAAAAACGAGUGCUCUGCUUAUCAGCAGAGAAUGAGAGUUUGAAACACAGCCUUACAGUGACACAGGGUCUUCUACAGCAACUGUCAGUCAUCCCUUCCCAGUCUAGUUCUGUGCUCAUUAAGGAAAAUGAAAACCUGCGCAGUCGUGUUUUGCAGCUGGAGAGCUCUCUGCAGCACCGGGCAGAGCAGCUGUCCCGUCUGGAGCACCAGCAGGAGCAGAGCGAAUGGAGGCGGACAGAAGAGCAGAGGAGACGAGAGGACAGCAUGAAAGAGCUGCAGCUAGAACUGGACAAAGAACGCAACAAGGCCCCUGUAGUUAAAUAUGUCACUCAAACUGUGGAGGUAGAGUCACCUUCAACUCUACGACAACUAGCUGAAGCCAGACAACAGAAUGAACAGCUAUCUGAGAAGCUAACCAAUCAGAGAGAUAGAUGCCGACAGCUGGAGGAGAACAUCAGACACUCAGAUGAAGUCAGCUGCAAUUUGCAACACAAGAUUGCUGCAUAUGAGAGAGAGAUUGGGACCCUGAGGGAGGAGCUGCUGAAGGAGAUUGGGCAUCUUGAGGAAAAGAAAGAGGCAGCUGUAAAAGCGGCAGCUAACUGCUCUGAGGAGCAUCUUCAGAGCUUGCAGGAGCAGUUCACAACCCUACAGAAGCGUCUAAGUGCACUCACUCCAACCAUACGCUCCAUGAACACCGACUACGCCAGCCUUCGCAGUCAGGUCCGCAACUUCUCCGACUUCUAUGGAACCGCUAUCAAAGAUGCCAAGAAACAGAUUACGGCAACUAUAAAUGAGAUGUCGGAGGCCAACAAAGACCUCCUGGAAAAAUACAGAAAAGAGGUAGCUCUCCGCAGGAAGUACCACGAGCAGCUGGUUGAACUUAAAGGUAAUAUCCGUGUGCUGUGCCGUGUAAAGCCAGUGCUGAAGGAAGAUCAGCAUGAGGAAGGCCAAGCAGUAGUUGUGACAACAGACUCCAAUAAUGAAUCUGCACUAACAGUUUUAAGCAAGGGAAAGGCCAAAGCCUUUGAGCUGGAUAAAGUCUUUCACCCUCAGGCCACUCAAGAAGAGGUGUUCCAGGAAAUUGAGCCGUUCAUCACAUCCUGUAUAGAUGGGUAUCAUGUCUGCAUUUUCGCUUAUGGCCAAACAGGAUCUGGCAAGACCUAUACUAUGGAGGGUACUACUGAGAACCCUGGCAUCAACCAACGAGCCCUGAAACACCUGUUCAAUGAGAUUGAGGAAAGAAAAGACAUGUGGACUUACACUGUCAGCGUCAGUUCAGUGGAAAUUUAUAAUGAGGUCCUGAGAGAUCUGCUCAGUAAGGAUGGAGAGAAGCUUGACAUCAAGAUCAACCCUGAUGGGACAGGUCAGCUACACGUGCCAGGUCUCAGGGUCAUGGAGGUCAAAAGCUUCCAGCAUAUCAAAAAAAUUUUGGCCAUAGCUCGAAAGAACAGGAUUACAUUUGGAACGCAGAUGAACCAGCAUAGCUCUCGUUCACAUGCCUUGCUCACAGUUACUGUGCUGGGCACAGACCUUGCCAGCGGAGCCAAAACCACCGGUAAACUGAAUCUGGUGGAUCUGGCUGGUUCUGAGAGAGUGUGGAAGUCAGGUGCAGAGGGAGAGAGACUGAAGGAAGCCCAGAAUAUCAACCGCUCACUGCUAGCACUAGGAGAUGUGAUCCAGGCUCUGAAGGCCCAUCAGACUCACAUACCCUUCAGGAAUUCACGACUAACCUACCUGCUGCAGGACUCUCUGGGUAAAGGGAACAAAACCGCCAUGGUUGUGCAGGUUUCUUCUCUUGAGAGAAACGUUGGAGAGACCCUGUGCUCGCUAAAGUUUGCCCAGCGAGUGUGCAAGGUGGAGCUGGGCCCUGCUGCACGAAAGAUUGAGACAGGAGGACAUAAUGAAAACAAAAAUUAAUGCACACCAUCAACACUCUUCCCUACUUGUCUGCAGUAACCACAGGACCAGAAAACAAAUCAACUCAGCUAUUGGCUGAGGCUUCCAAUCCUAUUCAAGGGCUACAGUUCUGGAAGCUUCAAUGGUGCCACAUUAUUCAAAGCAAUGAGAGAACAAACAUACAGUAGCAUAUGAGGUCCAGCUUCUUCCUAUUACACAGCAAUAGCUCAUCUCCACCAGCUGAUCUGCAUGACAAAAUCUCACCAACACCCCAGCACAAUCAAUAUCCAAUAUCUCCUCCACCAUAAGUUUAACAACCACAGAAAUUGCUCUGCAGGAAAGAUUUGUUGGGAGAAUUUGAAACUUGUAUACUGAGUUGUGAAACAAUCCUUUUUUUGGGGUCUACACAAAAGAGAACAGUAUCUUUACUCAUAAUGUGCAAAUCUUGUUCAAAAACAUUGAAAUUAUUUAGUAUAAUAUGAAUAUUUAGUAUACAAAAGUAAUUGCCAAAAGAUGUUUGUUUGUGUGAACUUCCAUGAUUAUACAAUGUGUGUAGCCCUGGAACAAGCCAAUACCGUGUGUUCUUAAUCAUUUAUUAGCCAUAGAGGACAUGAGGAAAACAUUGAGUUCAGCUAAUUUGUGACCUAUUGUAUGAGGUCAGCAUUUGCUGCAAUGUAAUUUAUCUGAUGGUGGUAGUAGCUUAGUGUUUCAAGGUCUAGGCUUAUAACCCGUUUCAAACCUCAGAGGAAUUAAUCUGCUAAGAAUGAGACCGAAUGGAAUAGAAUUCACAACCAUGUGGAAUAGCACCUCUUAGUGGUCAUCUAAUGUUUUGGCCCAAUUGAGAGGUACUGUGCUGGACACUGUUUAAUGCCAUUUCUAUUAAACAAGGUAUAUUUUCAUGAGUAAUUGCAAAUAUACAACGAAUGGCUUCCAAGACAACAUGGUAUAAUAUUGAUAUAUUUAAAUGCAUUAUAUUUAAUUAUAGGCUUUAGAAUAUUAACCUCUUGAAAUGUUCAGGAUAAGCUUAUGUUUGAUGUAUAAUUUAUUAUUUGGCUUCUUAGUUUUAGCCAUGUUACUAAGGGUGGUAUGGAAUGCACUUUAUUGUCAAAGACUUCAUCAUGGCAGAAUCAUUUUACAUUUUAAAAAAGGACUUUUAAUUAUUACUUACUUAAUACAUUUUUGAUUAAGCACCCAAACGAAUUAACUGUAACUUAAAAAAUAAUAUUUUAAAUGAUGACUGAAUUAAAUGAAAUGAAAACCAAAAAGAUGUACUGCAAUUUUAGCUGCUUAGACACCAGUACUGUUCUCUUGCUUUUUAAUUUUCUGUAUCCUCACUGUUAUGUGUCUGAUUUAGGAAUUUCCCAUUAUUUUGUGAAAUAACACAAAAUUUUGAAUCUACCCCCUCUUUAACAGCAUUCAACUUCUGUUUAAAAAAAAUUAUAAGAUUACUGACGUUGGAUAAUGUUUUGAUCAUAAGGGCCAAAGUGUCAGAAAUAAGACAGAGUCAAUUAAAAGAGAACGUAUUUGUUUACUUAUAAACAACAAAAAGAAAUAAAAAAGAGAAAGACUUCCAUCUUCUCUGUAUUCCACAACAAAACGUAUUACGGUUUUCAAAAACACCUGUACCUCUCUCAUUCCUUCGGUCUUAGCCUCUCUCUCUCUCUCUCUCUCUCUCUCACACACACACACACACACACACACACUUCUAAUCACCUGAUCUGGUUGUGUGUAAAACCAUGCUGAGUUCAGCAGAAGAGUUUCAUUUUA